UCGCAUGUGGCUUGGGUUAUUACGCCGUACCCGUGUUCUCUCUUUCUUCGUUGCUUUCUUAAACUGAGAAAAAUUCGACGCUUCUUCCUUACUACACUUUAAGGUUUUGACUGACAAUUCUCCGGGCAAAAGCCAUCGAAUAGGGUUUAAAGCGGAAGCGAAAGCUAUUUUUACCUUUGGAGAUGUGGAAAGUAUCAGCAUUACCAUGAUUCGAGGAUGUGUGGAAAGGUGGCUUUUGUUCUAAACAAAAGAUUAUUUAGUUGUGUGGCCAUACUGUGUCGAAGAGACAGAUCUGUUUAAUUCAAUGCUUUAUUUUCAGAGGAAUUUUGCCCAUACUCUUACGAUUCACAGGCACAGAAACUGACAAACAAACAUCGUUCCUAAGUUGACUGCGCCGUUAGAAUUCACUUUGAAUAACAUACAGUCAUGCAGCAGUCAGCUUGUACUGGCGCUUCGAAUUGAGAUUUGAAAAGCUUGAAAACGUUGUAUAGAGGAAAUGUCAAACACUUUUGUGGAAAUUGUGGCGCUCGGUAAACCCUGAAGAAUAUAUGUUGGAAAUUCAUUCUGUAACCGAGGAAGAAGAAGUGGACUGCGCGGAAAGUGAGAGCUUUAGUGAACCGGAUGUAAACAGCGACCCUCUUAAAACAAAAAGGAAAGUUCAAUUUUCGUGGCCAUUGGAAUACUGGAGGGAAUUUGACAAGGAGACGGGAGAGGUUUAUGAGCUAAAAGAUGAAACGACACAAGAAGUGGCUGAUUCAUUGCCAAAACCGUCCGAAAAUAUUAAAACAAAAAACAUUGAUGUUCCAGACUUGAAGAGCGACCAAAGACUUGAUUGGAAAAACAGUGCUAAGGCUCAAAGCAUCACUGACGUAUUCCAAGUUUUUCAGAAACGAGAUUAUAAGAAAGCGAAUACAUUUAAACAGAUCAAAGAUAAACGGGAUAAUCCAGAAUGCAAAAAGUCUUUCAUUAAACGAAAUUUGACCACAUUUCCAUCAACUUCUUUACACACGAAGCAGCUGAAACCGGGUAGUUUGCUUUGCAAAGUGUCAACCUGUUCUAAGUUAGCACACAAAGGUGAAUUCACGUUUAACGCCCGCAGUAAGGAGCCUUCACUCAUACAAAGUCACUGCACAUACUCAUUUUCGAGUUCCCUGGGCAUGUUGACAGGGGUUACAGUACCUUCUAAGCCUUUGGUUUGCACGGGUCGUAAAUUAUACGAUGAACGGCUUCUACCAGCAGUAGAACGGGAGAGAAAAUAUUCCUCUAUGUACACUUCGAAAAAUAACAAUGGGCUGCCACCACUGACCUGCGGAAAGCCAACAACGCCAGAUAUUGUACAACUUUUUGACUAGUUUUACAGAAAUUAUUUAAUUUUCACCAUUAUUAAAUUUUAAACACGUUUUGAAUACGAUGUUAGAAGCUGAUUCGUUUUAAGAAAAACCUCAUCGGUAUUUAUUUUGUAUCAUUUAAUGUUCGAGCCGAUAUCAUCACCUUCGAGUGCAUUUAAUUUCAAUUAACAAUAUUUCUAAAAGUACAUUGCGUGAGAGAAAUGGUAGCUGCAUAAUCGGAGGUAUCAGAUUUAAGUUACCAAGAUAGGACAAGAUGGUGAAUUCCAUGGCACCUGCGCACAAACAAAGCCUUGAAUCCGUUCUCGUGUACUCGAAGUGGGGGAAACGAGGGAACCUAACGUAUUAAGUGAAAACGAGUGGUUCUGGGUACGUGAAUGGCUUAAAUCGCCAUUAUACAUAAACUCACUACAGCAGCCAUAAACAGAUAUUGUGUAACAUGUUAUAACUUAAAACACGAUACAGUUGUUAUCUGUGCUGUUUUCCAUUAGCCCGUGCCGAGCUCUCAGUUGAUGGAGACGAGCGGAAAGCGGCGCGCGAAAAUUGGCUAGUAGACACAAAGGUAGCAGGUGCCAGAGAAACAAUUUGCAUUUUUCAGUCACGCACACAGUCCGUAGUAGGAGGUCGUCGUUAAUUUUAACGGUAAAUGCAUUUUCUCGCAUCCAUCAACGACAAACCUUCUUUGCAGGGGUAGUGACAGGAGUUUAAGCACAGAUGAUUCACGUCUAAGGAGUUUGACUGACCUCUGAACAACUUUCGAGUGUUUCACGUUGAAUAAAGACUAAAAACCUAA